AUGGCGGCACAGGGCCGGGCGCUCUUCAUCUUCUUCGGACUGCAGUUGGUAAUAAUGGUGGUCUUAUAUCACCAAGGCUACCACCACCAGGUCAGCUAUGUCCUGAAGAUCCUGACCACCAGCAUCCUUAGUACCCCUGCCACCAUGUUGACCAUGAAAGAUGUCUACAGUGGCCUGGACCAAAUCCAACCCUUGAACCCUAUCAAGGAUGAUCUGCCUGCCUGCCCAAAGACCUCGCCUUUCAUCAGUGGUCCUCUGAAGGUGAGCUUCCCUCUUGAUCUAACGCUGGACGAAAUCACUAAGAAGAACCCGCUGGUCCAGCUGGGAGGCCACUAUCAGCCGCCCAACUGCUGGGCUCUUUAUCACACGGCUAUCAUCAUUCCCUACCGGGCCAGGAGAAAGCACCUGCACCAACUCCUCUACCACCUGCACCCCUUCUUGCAGAGACAGCAGAUCCACUACACUAUCUAUGUGGUGCACCAGAUGGACAAUUACACCUUUAACCGAGGGAAGCUACUGAAUGUGGGCUUCAAGGAGGCCAUGAAGGAGAAUAACUGGCAGUGUAUUUACUUCCAUGAUGUGGACCUGAUUCCUGAGGAUGAUCGCAACAUUUAUGGCUGCAAUUCCUUUCCCACACAUGUUUCAGUGGCCAUUGACAAGUUCCAGUAUGAGCUUCCUUACCGGACAUUCUUUGGGGGUGUAACAGCACUGCAGCCCAUUCACUAUCUGAAGAUCAAUGGCUUUCCUAAUAAUUACUGGGGCUGGGGGGGUGAGGAUGAUGACAUUGCAUCCAGAAUUUUCCUGAAUAAGAUGUUAAUCUCCCGGCCUCCAGCAGUAUAUGGCCGCUACCACAUGCUGAAGCAUGGUCAUGACAGAGGAAAUGAGGCCAACCCAAAAAGAUUUCACCUUCUCUCCAAAACCCAUUUGAGAUGGCGUUACAAUGGGAUGAACAGUCUUCUCUACAGCUUGAUGUCCAAGGAGCAGACCCCACUCUAUACCAAUCUCACAGUACACUUUGGUAUUGAUCACCACUAACUGGCAUGCUUCCCGUGGAGUCCCGGCCCCAUCUCUUCUGCCUAGAACUCUGGAUUUUCUGCCCCUUGUCCUGCCACAUGCCUC